AUGUCUUAUGACAUCUCUUCUCUACUUUUAAUUGGAAAAGAUCUUCUUGAGUGUUUCCUGCUCGACAAUGAUUCAUUGCAGUUGGUCCGCCGAAUUAAUGAGGCAGCCAAAGAUCCGGAAAAAUUGGACGAGCUGAAAAUGGUGCUAAGAGUCUUGUGUCAUGAGACUUCGUACGUGGACGAGUGCCGCAUGUUCGUCUCCAAGCUCGACGUCAUAGUCAAGAAACUCGAACCCUACUUAAAUGACACGCACAAAGUAUGCAAGGCCAUCCAUAUAUGCUCUAACUCCCGCCUCGAUGCCUUCCACCGAAUCGGACUACUUUACGCAAAGAGAGCGAUGAACGAGGACCUUGUUUGUGACGAAUGCCAGUUCGCCGCUCGUGAGCUGAAGACGAUUGUCGAAGACAAAGACAAACAGAAGGAGAUUCACGAUUUCCUCUCGCAGAACAUCUGUAUUCACUUAGGCAGCUAUCGCGGAAUGUGCGAUACGCUCAUCGAACAGUUCCUACCGGAACUAUUUCAGGAGCUCGAUUCACUAUUGCAGAAUCCCAGACAGGUAUACAAAAUAUACAGCCGGCAAAACUUCAGAGGAAUCGUCGGUUUCUUGACUCGUCUCUAA